AUGAGACUGUCGUCAGCCUGGAGUGCACUCAUCUUCCUUCUUAUUCAAGGAGCAUCAAGAGCCUGCACAGUGAAGAAGCUGGGCAGCAGCUCAGGACGAUUCGCCAACGCCACAUUAGUGCGGCUUUCUGAGUUUUUGAGUGCGGGGUAUAAAAAGGGAGUGAGACCAGUGAAGGACUGGAGGACGUCCACUAUAGUGGCCAUAGACCUUAUGGUUUACUCCAUCCUUAAUGUGGAUGAGAAGAACCAGGUGUUGACAACGUAUGUAUGGUACAGACAGUCAUGGACGGAUGAAUUCCUGGUGUGGAACCCAGAAGACUUCGAUGAAGUCAAACAAGUUUCUUUACCUACGACGAAUGUGUGGGUGCCCGACAUCCUCAUCAACGAGUUUGUAGAUGUGGGGAAGUCUCCAGACAUACCUUAUGUGUAUGUGUCACACGAUGGGCUGGUGCGCAACUACAAGCCCAUCCAGGUGGUCACAGCCUGCACUCUCAACAUCUACAACUUUCCAUUUGACGUCCAGAAAUGCAGCCUCACCUUCCAGAGUUGGCUACAUACCAUUGAUGACAUCAACAUCACCCUGAUGCGAAGCCCUGAGGAGCUCCGGGAGGACAAGAGUGUCUUCAUGAACCAAGGAGAGUGGGAGCUGCUCCACAUACUGUCCAACUACAAGAUCUUCAGUGUCGACAAUGACGACUAUUACGCUGAGAUGAAGUUCCAUGUCGUGAUCCGGCGGCGGCCGUUGUUCUACACUGUGAACCUGCUGCUGCCCAGUAUCUUCUUGAUGGUGAUGGACAUCGUGGGUUUCUAUCUGCCACCAGAUAGUGGAGAGAGGGUUUCCUUCAAGAUCACUUUGCUGCUGGGCUACUCUGUCUUCCUCAUCAUUGUAUCCGACACUCUGCCUGCCACUGCCAUAGGAACCCCUCUGAUAGGUGUGUACUUCGUGGUUUGCAUGGCCCUGCUGGUGAUCAGCCUGACAGAAACCGUCCUGAUUGUGCGUCUGGUCCACAAGCAGGACCUGCAGCCCCCGGUGCCCCACUGGGUGAAGUACUUGGUGCUGGAAAGAGCUCCGGCUCUCUUUUGUAUCCACAAGAAGCACAGUCUCAGCCCCACAGUGUCCUCCCAGGGCACCGACCUGGAGCACUACAAGGACAACAACUAUGGGACUGCCCAGUGCCCCCUUCACCACACCUGUGAGCUAGGCCGAAGGCUCAGCCACCACGACAGAGAAGGCAGGCUGCUCGGACUGGGCCUGCCCCCAUCCAGGGACCCCACCCCGCCGGUCAUGGACGACAUCCUGCACGAAGUAACGGCAAUACGCCACUUCCUGGAGAAGAGGGACAGGUGCCGGGAGGUUGCCAAGGAGUGGCUGCAGGUUGGCUACGUGCUGGACGUGCUGCUCUUCAGAGUUUACCUGGUGGCCGUGGUGGCCUACAGCAUCACACUGGGCACGCUGUGGUCCGUGUGGCAGGUCGCCUGA